CUGCAAUUCCUCUCCCGUCGUUCAAUCUUUGACAUAACAACCACCAUCAUACUUAAUGCCGCGUUCACUUCUUAACUCUUGGUGAAAUGUAUUAAUAUUUCGCCAGGAGCGUUCAAAGCUCUAGGAAUUAACGCGCCUACCGUCGAUUCCUUCACUUAUCGUUAACAAUUUCCAUCAUCAUAUUUUUUUCCUCAGCAAUCAUUGUGAACCUCCCUGACUACUAUUAACUUCCUCAGGAAUCAACGAUUGCAAUCAGAGUUGGCGGUAUCUCCUGUGAUCAAUUAUGCCCCUAAAACCAACAUAACUAGCGUUACUAUCAAGACUAUCUAGUACUUUCUCAAUAUCAUACAACUCUUCAAGUUCCUCGACCCAUAACCAGUUCUCCAUCGCCGAUUACCGAAUAUCAGACAUUAACCAAUUCACGGAUAUUGUCGCCGCAUUCCCCCAUCUUUAACGAGCAUACCGAACCCUAAACUUUGACCAUGUAUCGUUCAAGCAUCAUGAAGCUUGGUCGCGCGACCAGCUUCGGAAUCGCAACGGCUGCGCGCGGUGCCGCGGUCAGCCGACUCGCAUUGCGAACACCUCCUCAUACCCAUUACCAUCGAUCUUUCCUAGUCCGUCCCUUCUCGGCAAGCCAACGUCGCGCAAUCCCCUCGUCGCUCCCGGAAAUCAAACCGGCAUCUAUCACGACCGCAGAAUAUCACCACUUGGCAGACACGUACCUUGACGCGAUACUCAGCCAAUACGAGGAAAAACAAGAUGAGAUUGGUGAUAUUGAUGUCGAAUUUAGUUCUGGCGUUAUGACCGUCAAGAUCCCCGACAGUGGUGUUUAUAUCAUCAAUAAACAGCCUCCCAAUAAACAGAUUUGGCUUUCGUCGCCAGUAUCUGGUCCUAAGCGAUUCGACUACGUGAUCAUCGACGAAGACCAAGGCCAGAAACAAGAUACUGGGAAAGGGGACUGGGUCUAUAUCCGAACUGGAGAGAAGUUGAAUGAUCUUCUCUUACGAGAGACUGGUGUCUCAGUGGAGUAAAAUCAUAGACCAGAACGAUCAGGGUUAUUCUCCACCAGAUUUCCUGAAUGCUUUGCUGCUGAAGAUGGCACAAGAUAAGAAUCAAAAUCUUGCAGGACCAUUUUUAGUAAAUGCUGUGAGUUACAGUGUGGGUAGGUGUAUGAAGUCUACCACUCCACUCAAUACCUCUACCCUGGCGAUAAGAUGGCAUUUGAUGUCUUUUAUUGAGGGAGAACCGCUAUUGCAUUGCCUCAACUAAACAAAUAAAAAAAAACUGAAUUCCCCAACU